CCGUGAGGUACGGGCCGCGCGUGCUCCCGCCCUGCCCGCGGCGGGCUCGGCCUCGCGGCGGGCACCGCGGGGCCUGGGGCUUGGGCCGGUCGGUUCCCUCGUCGGCCGGGGGCUGCCCGUCCGCCCUGGGGAAUUGCCCCCUGGCUAGCCCCGCGGUCACAGCCCCCUGGCGCCCCCACCUGCCCCGGAGUCACGGCCCCCUGGCCUCCCUUCCCUUCCCGGCGGUCACAGCCCCCCUGAACCGAGCCCCGGCCCCUCGCUGGGAUCACAGCCUCACCUCCCCCGGGGUCAUAGGUCCCCGAGCUCCGCCCCCAUCUCAGUGUCGCAGCCCCAGCGUCCCAGAGCCUCCUUCCCGCUCCACCGUCUCAGCCCUGCCUGUGGGUCGCAGCCCCCCCUCUCCUGCAUCGCAGCCCCUCCCCAGUGCCUCCCAUGCAUCAUAGCCCUGCCUGGCUGUGUGUGGGGGUCACAGCCCCCCCGACCCUCCUUACCAUAGCCCUGCCUGGGGACCACAGCCCCGCUCUGUGUUGUGGGAUCACUGCCUUGCCCUGGGGAGCUGUGAGCUCAGCACAUGACAUGCUGUGAAGCUGUCGGACACGGCUGUCUGUCUAAAAUACUGACGUGACCCCCUAGUGCUAGGGCAGCAGGAGGAGGAGGAGAGCCUGACUGACUGACUGAGAGCAGCAUGGAAGAUUCUCCUGGGGACCUGUCCAUUCAGAGAGAUGCCAUCCUGUCUGAGUUGUACCAUAUUCAGAUCACCACCAAGAAACUGGUACAGGAGCUGAGAUCCUUGGUGGCUUUAACUGACCCAGAGGAAGGGAAAUUGUUUCAGUCUCAAGAGACAGCUUUAAAGUCACUGGAUAUUUGGAAGACCUUAUUUGCUGUAGCUGGGCCUAAGCCAGAGAGCACAGUUGAGUAACAGCCCAAAGAUGGGAGAUGAAGGUGCUGGUGAGCCCUUUAUGGGUAUAGUGGCUGGCCGGGCCAAAGAUUAUGAGGGCACCCUACCUUCUGACACAGUUUCGCUCAGUGAUUCAGACUCUGAAGACUUCGGCUUAGUGGAUGAAGCAGAAGUUGAUACGAUUUCUCCAGAGGAACCACCGUCUUUGGAUGACAUAGGUUAUGGAUCAGAUGAGAUCCCUGAUUCUUCAAACAACAACCUUAAGUCUCCUGUCCAGCCAUUCCAUCUGAAAGGCAUGAGCUCUACCUUCUCGCUGCGGAGCCAGAGCAUAUUUGACGGCCUGGAAGGGGCAGCCAAAUUAGCGGUGCCGUCUAUGGCUGAAGAUAACAUUAUUGAUGGGAGGUUUAAGCGCCCUCUGCCCCCACCCACUCCUUUAAGCAAGAUGGCCGCAGAAAGCCUUGGAAGGCAAAGCAAGCCACCCUCAGCUCCCAAAAGCUCUCCAGGAGUCCCGGACUACGUGGCACACCCAGAACGCUGGACAAAAUACAGCCUGGAGGGAGUUUCAGAGUCUAGUGAUAAGACCAACAGGAUGGCUGCCAUGGAGUUCCUAGAGGGCUUGAAGAAGAAAGGAGGAGAACAAAGCUCAGCUACCCAAGAGAGCUACACCCCAUAUUUCAACCAGGACCCCUCCAGCCAUGGUGCUGGAAGGAUAAUAUUUACCAAACCCACAAAGAUAGGCAUGCGUAGUUCGGAAAGGAAAAGAUCAGCAGAGGAGGAUGGUAAGAAGCUCAUGAACACAAAGCAAGGUCUGAAUGAGAAAUCUCCCAAGAAGGGCAAUGACUUGAGUGAAGAGGAUGAAGUUGAGCUGGGCCAUUUAGACACUGAAGGGAAGAAGAUGGUGGAGGAAGAGGAGUGGCUGAAGUUGGAGGACCUGGGUACAAAAAGAGAACUUGGCACAGGUUCCACUCACACAGGUGAAGAUGCUUUGGUGGAAACCGUAGGGUUUCACGGUAGUAAGAAAAGGAGUAGGAAGCAUUUCCGUCUCAAAGCAGACGAUGAAGAGGCUGAAGAGUCUUAAGAGAGAAACUAAUUAUACCCAUCCAGAGGCUUCAGUGUUAUUCCAGAAGGCUACCUUUGUUUGCUCUCUCUCAGCUCAGAUCUCACUAGCCGGGCAGGUGGCAGGCUUUUUGUCUAGCACUCAGUUUUGUGGUCUCCAAAUAUACUAUUUUUAGUACGUUUGUCAGAAAGUACAAAAACCCUAUACCUGCAGGGAACAGUGUUGACACAGCACCUGGAGGGGUAGGAAGUGGGGUUUGUUUUCUUGAGCAAGCCCCUCUGACUGACGCUGGCACAGCGUCAAGGCCUUGACCACAGAGAUAGGCUAUCCUAACACAAGUACUUCAGCAGGGAGAAUGAGGGAUCCAGGAGGACCCCCUGCCUGUCCCUACUCUUCCACCCUCUUAAAAAAAUUAGAACCCCCUGGCCAGUGCUGUAGAAGUCUGGAAUCAAAAGGGAUCAGGAUUGAAGAGGAGCAUAGAAGGUAGAGUUUUAAAGUAUUAAAAACCAAACCCAGUAGGAUUAAGUCGAUAUCCUGAUUUCCCUUAAUGUGUAUGUCCCUAAUUGGGAACAGGUGGGACAAGGAUUGAGCCAUGCUUCCUGCACUGCCACUGAAAAUAGAAACACAGUAAGUAACUGGCCAUGAGCUGAGAGGGCACAAUCAGGAGUGGCCAAUUAAAUGGGUUUUAAGGUAGUCUGAGUAUUUUCCCUUGGUGAAUUCUAAUGUAUCUUAUUUGGUAAAAGUUUAAAAGAAACUUGAGGCCUGUUGAGACAAAACAUCUUUGGAAACAUUUAGCAAAGACCUGCGUGAGAGCCUCAGUCGCUUCUCAGCAUGCUGUGCGUACAACUGAAAUGUGUGUGACAGCCGACUGAUUGGUCAAGCAGCCACAAGCUUCCCCCUGUGUGCGUGUGAUGUGCUGUGCUGAUGUCUCACCUCCAUAAGAUGCAGUGCUUCCAUUUUGACUCUUAAGUAGACUAAUUGGAAGGGAAGGACUUGUACUAAGAGAUUCUCUUUAUACUUUGGAUGUCAAUAAAAACAUUUAGUUGUAA